GGGACGCCACGGGCGGAGGCCGGAGCCGGAAGCGGAAGAGGUGCUCGGAGCGGGGAGUGGGGCCUAGCCGCAGCCGGAGCCUGGGAGACGGUGAGUGUGGGCCUCGGCCCGCGACGACGGCUGCGGGAGAUGCAUCACUGUAAGCGAUACCGCUCCCCUGAGCCAGACCCGUACCUGAGCUACCGAUGGAAGAGGAGGAGGUCUUACAGUCGGGAGCACGAAGGGAGACUGCGCUACCUGUCCCGAAGGGAGCCUCCGCCUCGCAGGUCUCGGUCCAGAAGCCAUGACCGCCUGCCCUACCAGAGGAGAUACCGGGAGCGCCGAGACAGCGACACGUACCGUUGUGAAGAGCGGAGCCCAUCCUUCGGCGAGGACUGCUACGGAUCAUCACGUUCACACCAUCGUCGGCGGUCACGGGAGAGGGAGCCAUAUCGAACCCGCAAGCACGCCCACCACUGCCACAAACGCCGCACCAGGUCUUGUAGCAGCGCCUCCUCGAGAAGCCAACAGAGCAGUAAGCGCAGCAGCCGGAGUGUGGAAGAUGACAAGGAGGGCCACCUGGUGUGCCGGAUCGGCGAUUGGCUCCAAGAGCGAUAUGAGAUCGUGGGGAACCUGGGCGAAGGUACCUUUGGCAAGGUGGUGGAGUGCUUGGACCAUGCCAGAGGAAAGGCUCAGGUUGCCCUGAAGAUCAUCCGCAACGUGGGCAAGUACCGGGAGGCCGCCCGGCUAGAAAUCAACGUUCUCAAAAAAAUUAAGGAGAAGGACAAAGAGAACAAGUUCCUGUGCGUCUUGAUGUCUGACUGGUUCAACUUCCACGGUCACAUGUGCAUCGCCUUUGAGCUCCUAGGCAAGAACACCUUUGAGUUCCUGAAGGAGAAUAACUUCCAGCCUUACCCUCUGCCACAUGUCCGGCAUAUGGCCUACCAGCUCUGCCAUGCCCUUAGAUUCCUACAUGAGAACCAACUGACGCACACAGACUUGAAGCCAGAGAACAUCCUAUUCGUGAAUUCCGAGUUUGAAACCCUCUACAAUGAACACAAGAGCUGUGAGGAGAAGUCGGUGAAGAACACCAGCAUCCGAGUGGCUGAUUUCGGCAGUGCCACCUUUGACCAUGAACAUCACACGACCAUUGUGGCCACCCGUCACUAUCGUCCACCUGAGGUGAUCCUUGAGCUGGGCUGGGCACAGCCCUGUGACGUCUGGAGCAUUGGCUGCAUUCUCUUUGAGUACUACCGGGGCUUCACUCUCUUCCAGACCCAUGAAAACCGAGAACACUUGGUGAUGAUGGAGAAGAUCCUAGGUCCCAUCCCUUCACACAUGAUCCACCGCACCAGGAAGCAGAAAUAUUUCUACAAAGGAGGCCUGGUUUGGGAUGAGAACAGCUCUGACGGCCGGUAUGUGAAGGAGAACUGCAAACCUCUGAAGAGUUACAUGCUCCAAGACUCCCUGGAGCACGUGCAGCUGUUUGACCUGAUGAGGAGGAUGCUAGAGUUUGACCCUGCCCAGCGCAUCACACUGGCGGAGGCCCUGCUGCACCCCUUCUUUGCUGGCCUGACCCCUGAGGAGCGGUCCUUCCACAACAGCCGCAACCCAAGCAGAUGACAGGCACAGGCCCCUGCCCAGAGAUGGAGGUUGGGGCGGGGCCACUGGCCCUUCUCCACCCUCUACCGCCGCGCCCCAGGGCCAGAGCCACCCAUUGAACAGUGCAAUGUGAAGGAAGGCAGGAGCCUGCAGGGGAGGAGACUUGGUGCCCAGCUGCCAGAAAGCACAGAUUUGACCCAAGCUAUUUAUAUGUUGUAAAGUUAUAAUAAAGUGUUUCUUACUGUUUGUAACCCCUGGUACCGGUGUGUCCGUCUCCAGGCUCCUUGCCUUCUCUCCUCCCUCCCCCCGACCUUAUUAAUAAAGUCUUUCUUAGCAGUUCACCUUGUGGAGAGCUAAGUGUGAACUGGGCCAGGCACAGAAGGGCUAGCCAGAAAAAAGACCAGAAGCUGGGACAUCCAUCUGGGCCCAGGGGGAGUAGUCCCUGCCCUGAGGUGGAGCUUAGGUCGCAGGCCUGCUGGCUGCUGUCCUGGAUCUGCUCCCCUGUUGUCUCCAGGUACUUUAAGGGAAAACAGCCUGGCUGGCUAUGCAGGGCUGGGCUUUGCCUGCCCUCCCCUUCGCUGGCUGGGGGAGUCAGUGCCUCAUCUCAGCCUACAGAGCAAUUCAGCACACGUCACAGGACUGAGUCGUUCUGCUUUAUUUUAGUGCUGGUUUUUGGUUCCCCAAGAGCCACACGAAAUAGUCUUGACCACCUGACUGGGGCCCCUGGGGGACUGGGCACUGUGGGCAGGAUGCCUCUGAAAAGAGCGAAGGUAGAGGAGUCGUGCUUAUCUUUAAUACCACUGGAGGAGGCUGAGGCUGAGGGCAGGGGGAAGCCCCUCUGCCACCUGGGGAAAAAGAAGAGGGAGAGGCUUGGGCACAAACUCCCACUGGCCCUUCAACUGGGCCAUCACCCCGAGGUCCACUGCAGCUUACUGAAGCAAGCAGAGUCUUCUGGGCAGGGUUUCUUCCUACUCGUUUUCCAAUGUACCCAAUCGGGGGGCCUAACUGUUGGGCAGCCAGAGCUGUUUCACUGUUGCCUAUCAAGAUGCCUGCUAUCCAGCCGUGUUCCUUGGACUGUGGCCCUGCCUCUACACACAGGGCCCCAUCAUUCGGGCUUGUUGGCCCUGAGAAUGAGCAGAGGCUCAUGGGGGAUGCCCAGCACAGGGCCCAUAGUCCCUGUCCUCCUCCCACUGCUGGAGACAGUUUAACGUUUAAGGGAGGAUGGGAGGAAAGGAGGGACCAGCCCUCCCUGCCCUUCCUCAUUUGCUCCUGGCUAUGCUCCUAUAAGAAAAGUGACAGCCUGAAACCCGUGAUACCGGGUCCACCCUGUGUCCACAAUCCUUGGUGAGCCCUCUCCCGUUAGCCAGAGUGGGUGGGCUCAGGGCAGAAGGCAAUCUGAAGCCCUGGAAAAGGCUUUAAAGCACAAACCCUUGUGGAGGAUGGUUCCCACGGCAUGGCUCCUGUCCCGCCAGCCUUGAGGGCCGAGGCCUGUGAUGGUGCCAGGGCUCAGUCCUUUGGAUCUGAGCAGCAGUGUGUGUGUUCUAUGGCUGAGCCCCUCAGCUAGUUCAUCCAGAACUAGCCUCGUUUUGGCAUCUGAGCUAGGGUACUGGCCCCCAAGCCUACUCAUCUAGUGUGGACACCGGAUGAGGGUUCAAAGCCCAGACAGGGGAAGGGUAUGCACCCUGCCGGGGUGACAGCUACAGAGGGCCAUUUCAGGUGAAGGGCAGAGGGGGCAGAACAGAGUGGGGGUGGCCCAGGACAGAAGCACCAGGGAGCCUCUUCUGGCUCAGCACCAGGCUCCCCUAGGGGCCUCCCCAAUACUGAACAUUAAAGCUGCAUCCUGUGGCCCAAGACUAGGCAAAGGCUUGGCCCCCGGCUACAGGGCGUCGGGUACAGGCAGGGGCCCUGCUGGCAGGAUGGACAUGGUGGUUCUACAGUAACAUAACAUCAUACUACUGAUGCUGAAAACGACAGAAAAACAAGAAAAUCCCAACAGAGUAUAUCACCAGCCUGAUGCCACCCCCUUCCCUGCCUCUCAGACAAAUGGAGUGGAAAGGAAGGAAGGGUCCUUGGAAAAACUCCAGCAUAAACUUGGAUCAACUCUGGAGAAAGGGGCAAAAGACCCCUAAUCAACCUGUGGGGGGCAGGGGGGUGGUGCUGGAGAAGACCUAGUCACACCCUCAAAAUGAAUGAUGGAAAGUCUGCCCUCUAGUGGACAGCUGCAGCAUGGCUGGUUCUACAUGAUUAGAGGAAGGGCUGCCCGGGCUGGGUGAAGCCAGGAGACAAAACUGCAAGCUCUACAACACAGCAGGUGCAGGCCCUCACCUGGGCCCUGCCCCACCCUCAGGCGCUCACCCAGGCCCAGUGGCUGUAAACCUGAAACACUGCCUGAGAGCUGCCUUUGUCUGUAAACAAAGCCUGACCUGCCAUGGGCCAAGGGCAGACACGCAGCCACUGCGUACUCAGCUUGCCACCCACCCACGCACCCAGGGGGGAAGCCUUCCCAGGCUACGGGCAGGUGACAGAUCAGUUUUAAAUCUGUGUGUUCUCUCACAGAAGAAACAUAUCCAAAAGAAAAAAAUUUAACAACAAGGUCCAUGAUGCUUCACAUCCUUAAGGCGUUCGUUGUCAAGUUCAGUGUCAGAGGCCGCAGGGGACUGCCGGGUCCAGCCUGCCCCAAGCCCCUCUAGGCAGAGUGCAGUGGGAUGACAAACUUGCAGCCAAAGGGCGAGUGGUAGUUGAUGCCCACCUCCUGGAACACCUGCUGGGGAAUGCCGAUGUCACACAGAUAGACGCGGCCUGCGUGCUCCCCCAACGGCAGAGGCAGGCCCAGCGCUAGUGACCAUUUGGCAUCGAUGCCCUGUUCACCUUCGUGCACAGGAGGGUCUAUGCUGAGCACCGGUGCCCGGUUCUGGUUGGCCCAGGCCACGGCUGCCUUGUACCAGGGCUGAUCCCGCAAGAAGGCGUUCUCAGGGCAAUCCAGGCAAUUGAUCACCAGGUCCACAGGGCUGGUGGGCAGGUCUGCAGGUGGAAACAGUGCCAUCUGAAAACUCCUAUAAGCAGAGAGUAACCCAGGCUGGGACUAGAGCCCAGGUGGCCCUAAGAGUGUCCUGUUCUCCAGAUACUGCCCUGCUGCCUGGGCCAGGACUCUAGCCUGGCUGGGGAGGGUGCUAGAGCCCAGGGGCAUGUAGGCCUGAUGGAGCAUUAGCCUGCAUUAGCCUUGAGUCACUCCCAGGCUGAAGUGCUGUCCCGCUGAGGUAUGCAAGGCUGCUCAGGCCCUCGUCCCUCCUCUGCCUUGCAGGCAAGCCUCUAUACAUACUACUCACUCCCUGGGUGCAUUAUGAGUUCUGGAAGGCUGGGUUCACUCCCGAGUCAGCCUCCACAGGGAAGCCCUGCCCAGGGCCCAGCAGAAAUAGGACCAGACUGCUGAUUAACGAUCGGUCCAAGACGGGUGAGCGGGUGAGAGCAUUCUUGCUCAUUCUAUCUGGGCUCGCCUACUCUGCUUGAGCCAGCCUGCCCUCCUCUCUGGCCCCUUCAUUAUCUCAUGGCAACGGGUCUCCCACACAGCCCAACCUUCGUAACGGAAACAGACUCUAUCACUGUUCUCCCCAGGUGUUUUUCAAAGGCUCCUCGGCAGUGACAGGCCUCUGGGACAGUACACUAAGAACAUCAUGUCUCAACAAGUAUGUAAGUCUUGGACCAGCCUAAGAGGUUAAACAGAGCUCUGGUGGCACAGUGGUUAGGAGAUUGGCUGCUAACCAAGAGAUUGGCAACUUAGAGAAUAAUAGAGACCAGUCCAAACUCAAGAGUCAUUAUCAUCAUACUUGCCUCCUGGGGUGUUUGGGAUAUGUGGCCUUGUGAGCAACCAGAGGAAGAACUGCCUGCAACCGAGGUGUGUUAUAUAACUGAAGAAGGGGAACCCACACCAGGCCUCUUUCCCAGCUCUCUGCCUGAAGUAGUGACACUUCCUAGAGUCACAUAGUUCUCGUACUAAAAAUGCCACCAUGGGGAGUCCUCUGUGGGCCAUGAGGUUCAAGAGGGAGAGCGGCAUGUUAUUUUUUGAGUGUCCAUAGGAGCCUGGCCUGAGAACUAGAUUGAUGUUCUAGGUCAGGCUCUGCCCUCAACUCGCCAUCUGACUUCUGGCAAGGCCCCUUCUCUGGGCUGUAUUUGCUUCUUCCAAUUCUGCUCCCUGUUUUCUCUUCACACUCCAAUCAGACUUGAGCUCCACCACUCCAUUUGAAACAGGGACCCCCCACACACACUGCUCAAUCUAGUGGCCAAUUCUCAGUCUUCAUCUGAACUCACCCGGAGUGGCCUGCUACCACAGCAGCUCACACCCUCCUUUCUUCACUUGGCUUUCAGGUACCAGCCUUCUCCUCCCUUCACUGGCCACUCCAUCCAUGUCUGCUUAGCUGGUUUCUCCUCAACUCUCUGACUUCUAAACAAAGAGCUCAGUCUUUGGACUUCUCUAUCUAUUCUCUAUGUGCUUCUCUCUCUUACUAGGUGAUCUUAUCCAGGCUCUUCAUAGCUUUAAAUGUAUCUACACACUCGUAGCUCCAGGCUCACGUACCCUACUGCACCAUGAACACUCCCGCCUGCAUGGUCGGCGGUGUGGUUGCUAGCUGCCGCUGAGUCAAUUUCAAUUCACAGCGACCCCAGGAGACAGGAGUCGAAAGAAGUGCUCCACAGGUUUUCUUGGCUGCAAUCUUUACAGAAGGAGGUUGCCAGGUCUUUUGCCCGUGGAGCUGCUGGGUGAGUUCAAACUGCCAACCCUUUGGUUGGCAGCUGAGCACUUAACUGUUGCACCACCAGUGCUCCUCAGGUACCUCAAACUGAGCCUCUGCUCUUUCUCCCCAAACCUUUCCCUCUUCCCAGUCUUCCCAUCUCAGGGAAUGGCACCUCCAUCCUUCCAGUUCCUCAGGCCAACAACCUUGAAGUCCUUAACUCUCUUGUUCUCUCACCCCCACAUCCUAUCUGUUGACUUGGUAUCUCCAAAGCUGAUUCAGAAAUUGACUCCUUUUCACCACCUCUCCAAACUACCAUCUUGUCUUAGCCAUUGUCACUCUCUCAGAUUAUGAUAAUAGCCUCUUAAUCCAUCCUCUAUACUGCUACAGUCUACUCUCAGCAUCCAGAAUGAUCAUUUGAAACUUGAGUCAGGUUAAGUCAGUCCUCUACUUAAUCCUCCAAUACCUCGUCAUCUCACUACCCAGAGUGAAAGCCCAAACCCUUGCAGUGAUCCGUAAGGCCCUUCAUGACCUAACCCUGAAAUGCCUGUCUAAUCACAUCUCUCGCUUCCCAGCCAACCCCCCAACACGCCCUGCUUUAUUUUCCUCCAUGACACUUAUUACCAUCUAAGCUAAUAGGAACAUUACUUAGUCAUCCCUCUGUCUUUCCUCACUAGGACAUGAGCUCCGUGGAGGCAUGGGUUUGUAAUCUAUGGCCAUACUCCAGCACCAGGAACAGGGCCUGCUCCAUAAAUACUUCUGAAAUGAAUAAACGUGCCCCAGCUCUACAUCUUAGUGGUGUGGGAGAAAGGAGGGUGAAGGGUUAGCAAGUAGGCAACUUGACACCAAGGGUAUUUCCUUUCUGCUGCUCUAAGAUCCUUCUAGGAACAUAUGAUACCUUUCCACUAGUUGCCACUGGGUGGCACUACCAAACCACCAAACAACCCCAGAGGGAGAAGACCCGAGCCCUGCCAGCAUAAAGUACUCACCUUUGAGGCUAGAUACUUGUUGGCCUUGGGUCUUGCUAAAGAGAGAGAGCUCGUUGGUGAUGGACUCCAGCAUCUUGACAAAAUUGGGCAGGAAGAGGAUGACCUGGACAUCGUGGUUAGCUAGGUGCCUUCCACAGCUGAUACCCUGAGCCCCCUUUGCAUGGGGUCCACAUAGCAGGGCCACUGUAGGCCUCUGGUGAA